AUGGAGCAGCAGAGUAUUAGCAUAUCAAAGGCUGGGAUUGUCACUUCUCUCCAAGCUCGGUGCUCUGUUAUUGCUGCUGCAAAUCCUGUUGGUGGAAGAUAUGAUUCCUCAAAGACUUUCCCACAAAAUGUUGAAUCGACAGAUCCAAUCAUUUCACGUUUUGAUAUCCUUUGUGUUGUUAAGGAUGUGGUGGACCCAGUCAAGGAUGAGAUGCUUGCAAAGUUUGUAGUUGAUAGUCAUUUCAAGUCUCAACCCAAAGGUGUUUACAUACAUGAGAAAUCCGUAAGCAAUUCACAAGAAGAAAUUGAAACAUCUUCCAUGCCAACUGAUCCUGAGAUACUCCCUCAAGAUUUGCUAAAGAAGUACUUAACUUUUCCCAAGUUAAAUGUAUUCCCAAGUUUGCAUGAUGCUGACCUUAACAAGCUCACACAAGUUUAUGUCGAACUACGGAGAGAAUCUUCGCAUGGACAAGGACUUUCCAUUGCAGUGAGGCACAUCGAAUCAAUGAUUCGGAUGUUUGAAGCACAUGCCAGAAUACACCUCAGACAACAUUUUACUCCAGUAGAUGUGGACAUGGCAAUUCGUGUCCUGCUUGAUUCAUUCAUUUCAACACAGAAAUUUGGUGUUCAGAAAGCUUUGCAAAAGGUACUAGUAGAUCUAGCACUUGAAUAUUUUUCCUCAUAAACCAUGUUGCAUCUCUUGUGCAUAUUUGCCAAACUAAUUCAUUGUGAGCAGUGUCAUUUUCUAACAUGUGAUGCUUACUUGCUGCAAUUAUUUUGUUCUCUGAUUUUGUAUAGUAGAUUCUAAGAAACAAUACUGUUCCCAAUGUAAAACAAUCCUUAU